CACAGAUAAGAGAGAUGUUUGGAAUUGGUCCAGGAGAGCACAGCAUACUGCCAAUCGUUGAAGCUGUGAAGCAGACAUACGGGCGUCCUAUGACGACACACGAGAAGAACAGGUUCAAAGUGGGGCUGGUCAUAUGCGCAUGCACAUACCUCCUCGCUCCAACAAUGAAGAACGACUACUUCUGUACUGAUUAUUGGGGCGCGCUGGCAACGGCAGAGCUCAUACAUAUGCACAACUGGUGCCGAUAUACAAGGGAAGAGCUGUUAGUUGCGGCGAAGAGGGUGAAGGCAGACCUUCUAGGAGGGCGUCUGAAGUCUAAUCUAUCAGGUUGCCUCCCAUUUGUACAGGUGUUCUAUAUUGACAAUCUUGACGUUGGAGAGCAGAACAUUGACCACACCGCGCGCCCAAGAGUGAAGGCGUACAGCUACGCAGCUAUCAGAUCAAUAAUUGAAAAGGACAUCAAGUCGCGCAAGGGAGAUUACCCAGUCAUCUAUGGCAGACUCCUGCCAAGACCAGCAGCAGAUGUCUGUUAUCACAGAAACCCUAUAACAAGGCAACGGGCAGCAAGCACAUCAGCCGGUCGUGACUCUCGAAGCUCUGUUCCAUCAAAUCGUGGUUCGUUAGACAUUAAGGAGGCUUCUUACCUCGUCUUAGACAAAAUAUCAAAGUUCACAGCCCGUUGUGAGGAGGUUCUAAUUUCCACUGCAAGGAAGAAAGAAGAGGAGAACCACCGUCAUUUCAGUGCACUAAAUACCUUGGAAAACUCUGCCCAACAAAAAAUAAAGAAGGAGGCCAAAAGAAUGAGGGAUGAAUUCUUUUCGUUCUUCAAAAACACCCAACCAGACGUAGUAAGCUGCUAG